AAACUUCCACGGACUUUCACCCUCCUCGCCUGUGUUCAAUUUUUCUUCUUCAGCUUUCUCAUUCUGUGUCUCCUGAUGGCUGAUAUCGGUUGGCCCCCCAGUGUAAAAGUGGAUGGGAAAUAGACGAGUGUACAAUAAUAAUUCCCUCAGAAUUGCAGUGAACUUCAUCAGGAAGUCGCUGAGCUGAAUACAUUCACCAGCUCAGGAACAUUGAAACUGAAAGUGCUUUGAAUCAGGAAGUGCUGAGUGUGAACAUGGCUUCCAGACAGCAGGAGGAGAGUUUGGCCGAGGAGGUAAUUUGUCCCAUUUGUCUUGAUUUCUUCACGGAUCCGGUUUCACUGGAGUGUGAACACAACUUCUGCCGCUCCUGUAUCACCCAGUGUUGGGAGAAGAAGGGGAUAAACUCCUGCCCGGAAUGUAGAGAGGAGUUUCCGGAAAGAAACCUCAGAGGCAUUCGGGUCUUAGCGAAUCUGGCUGAGAAAGCUCGAAAAUUAAAGCUGAAUCCGAAAGAGAAGGAAAGUAAACUUCAGUGAGGAACCUGAGGAAGGCUGAAGCUGUUUUGUGAAACUGACAAGAAAUUGAUCUGUCUGAUUUGUAGAGAUUCGCGGGAACACAGAGAGCACCGCUUGAUGCCGAUUAAAGAUGCUGUUGGAAUGUACAAGGAUCGGGUGAAAUCUUCCUUCGAUUCUCUCACAGAGAAGAAAUCGGCGGUUCUAGAAAUGGAGCAGCAGCAGAAACAGAAAAUUUCCCAAGUUAGGAAACAGUCGAGCAGUCUGCAGACCCACAUCGCAUCCGAGUUCACUAAAAUGCACCAGAUUCUCACUGAGAAGGAGCAGUGUUUAAUCCGAGAUCUCAGGGAAGAAGGGGGAAAAAUUCUAAAAACAAUGGAGGGAAACCUUCGUGAAAUUCAGGAGAAUUUAAAUUCUAUUCAGGAGAAACUCUCAAAGUUGGAAAAACUGUUGGAACUAAAAGACGGAGUGAUAUUUCUGAAGGAGGAAGCAUCUCAGAAGAGGAGAAUUAGCAGUGAUGAUAAUAAACUGUCACUAGCAGAUGAUGCCCUGCCCAUCGAAAAGUUCAAUGCACCUUUACCAUUACCAGUGUGGAGAGAAAUGCUGGAUGCCAUUAACCCUGUCUCUGUGAACCUGGAUGUGGAAACAGCGAAUCCCUGGCUCGAGGUGUCUGAGGAUCUGAAGAGUUUGAGACGGACCCGGACCUGGAGGAGUCUCCCUGACACCGGGAAGAGGUUUACAGUCUGUCCCUGUGCCCUGGGAUCAGAGGGAUUCACAUCGGGGAGACAUUACUGGGAGGUGGAGGUGGAGGGGAAUCGGCGCUGGAUACUGGGAGUAGCCGCAGAGUCUGUGGAGAGGAAGGACGGGGUCAGUCUGAGCCCGGAGACUGGAUUCUGGACCAUUGAGCGGUUUGAGGAUCAGUUUAAUAUAAAAUCCUCUCCUGAAUCCCGUCUCCCUGUCGGUCAGAUCCCCGGGAAGGUGGGAGUUUAUCUCAGUUUUGAGUCUGGGACAGUUUCAUUUUACAGCGCGGACACCAAGUCCCAUCUCCACAGCUUCACUGGGAAUAAAUUCACUGAGAAACUUUAUCCUUCAGCACUUGGAAUAAAAAUCAGUUUCUCAGAUAUGGUCCUCAGGGGACCAGCCUCUGGGAAGCGGGCAGCCUCGCCCAUGGUGGUAUUGCUCUACUGGUACCUCCCAUUUGUUUACGGCAGAAGCCCCACACCGUCCACUAACAACUUGCUGAAUGUUUCCCCAAAAGCCGGCACAGGAAUGCGAGUUGAAGGUGUUCACCAGCUCAGUAACAUCGACAAUAAAAGGGGUUUGAAUCAGGAAGUGUUGAGCGUGGACAUGGCUUCCAGGCAGCAAGAGGGCAGUUUUGCCGAGAAGGUAAUUUGUCCCAUUUGUCUUGAAUUCUUCUCCGAUCCGGUCUCACUGGAGUGUGAACACAACUUCUGCCGCUCCUGUAUCACCCAGUGUUGGGAAAAGAAGGAGAUAAACUUCUGCCCGGAAUGUAGACAGGAGUUUCCGGAAGAAAACCUCAGAGGCAGUCGGGCUUUAGCGAAUGUGGCUGCGAAAGAGAAGGAAAGUAAACUUCACUGUGAGGAACAUCAGGAAGAGCUGAAGCUGUUUUGUGAAACUGACAAGAAAUUGAUCUGUGUGAAUUGUGUAGAUUCGCGGGAACACAGAGAGCACCGCUUCAUGCUGAUUAAAGACGCUGUUGGAAUGUACAAGGAUCGGGUGAAAUCUUCCUUCGAUUCUCUCACACAGAAGAAAUCGGCAGUUCUAGAAAUGGAGCAGCAGCAGAAACAGAAGAUUUCCCAAAUUCGGAAACAGUCGAACAGUCUGCAGACCUACAUCACAUCCGAGUUCACUAAAAUGCAUCAGAUUCUCACCGAGAAGGAACAGCGUUUAAUCCGAGAUCUCAGGGAAGAAGAGGGAAAAAUUCUAAAAACAAUGGUAGAAAAUCUUUGUGAAAUUCAAGAGAAUUUAAAUUCUAUUCAGGAGAAACUCUCAAAGUUGGAAAAACAUUUGGGACAAAAAGGAGUGAUAUUUCUGAAGGAGGAAGCAUCUUGGAAGAGGAGGAUUAGCGAUGAGGGUAAUAACCUGUCACUAACAGAUGGUGUCCUGUUCAUUGAAAAAUUCAACAGCCCUUUACCGUUUCCAGUGUGGAGAGAAAUGCUGGAUGCCAUUAACCCUGUCUCUGUGAACCUGGAUGUGGAAACGGCGAGUCCCUGGCUCGAGGUGUCUGAGGAUCUGAAGAGUUUGAGACGGACCUGGACCUGGAGGAGUCUCCCUGACACCGGGAAGAGGUUUACAGACAGGCUCUGUCCCUGUGUCCUGGGAUCAGAGGGAUUCACAUCGGGGAGACAUUACUGGGAGGUGGAGGUGGAGGGGAAUCGGGACUGGAGUCUGGGAGUAGCCGCAGAGUCUGUGGAGAGGAAGGACGGGGUCAGUCUGAAUCCGGAGACUGGAUUCUGGACCAUUGAGCGGGAUGGGGAUCAGUUUUAUAUAAAAUCCUCUCCUGAAUCCCGUCUCCCUGUCGGUCAGAUCCCCGGGAAGGUGGGAGUUUAUCUCAGUUAUGAGUCUGGGACAGUUUCAUUUUACAGCGCGGACACCAAGUCCCAUCUCCACAGCUUCACUGGGAAUAAAUUCACUGAGAAACUUUAUCCUUUCUUCUGGACAUGGGAUGAAAACCAGUUUCUGAGAAUCUGCUCCGGUUCUGAUCCGGAUCUGGAAAGGGUGACCCAUAUCCAUAUGAAGCUGAGGAUAAAUGCAGCCAAGGAUCUCAAACUGAGAGUGCCAGAUGUCAGUGUGAUUUGGAAGAAUGCACUACAGCUGACUGAGUCAUCUCUAAAUGAAUUCACAGCAGUGGAAUAUCAUCGGCUGCCUUGUCCCAAGUGUGGAUUAACUGAUUCACUAUCGAUGUUAAACAGUGACGUAGUUCCCAUUGGUUGA